UUUAAGUAUAUUGUGCGCCAGUUCUUUAAAGUUAGACCCUACUGGAUCGGAAACAAAAGAGAUAUUCCCGAAAGAAAAGAGCGGCAAAGAUUGUUAAACUAAUUAACAAGUCAAAUUUAUAUUCGAGAUUUCGCACGAUAUAAUUUAUCAGGCUAUUACGUAUACGAAACGCUGGUGAAUUGUUUAUUUGGCAACACUGGUCGUAAACACUCUUGUUUCUCAGAAGCGUCUGUGAACAAAGUUUCAAUCGAAGAUUUGUAAAUUCUCGUCGAAGACUUCACGACGGUUUUCAUAGUCGCUGAAGAAGGCAUCCGAAGGCUUAUUAACAAAGACAUUCCUCCGUGAGUUUGAUUUGUGAGUGAACUUUUCGCUUGAGUGAAAGAACAACCGUCAUGUCUAAUAAGAAAGAGGUGAAGGAAUCGAAGAAGUCUGUCUCCAUUUUCUCGAUACUCCGUUGUUGUGUUGCCGGAGAAUCGAAGCCAAAAGUACAGAAAAAGCCUGAUGGGGAGCCAGCUAGUACUGAUCAGAAAGAUGCUCCGGUGGAGGAAGGGAAAGAAGCUUUGCAAGACGCUGGAAAGGUAGAAAGGAAAAGCGGUGAUUUGGAAUUAGAAUACAAGCCUUCUCCUCCGGAUCCUGUCGUGUCACCGAGCGAUGAUUACAAACCAAGCUACGAUGAAGCUAGCACUGCUUCAGCAGCGCCUUCCACUGUGGGAAGCGACGAAGAUCCCAGUUUCAACGCACCCGCGAGCAUUCAAGUUGUGCAAGAGAACGGCGCAUCUUCGGGAACGACGCGGGAUAUCGGGACGGGCGGACGCAUCAAUAUGCAGUUCGUCUUUGAUCCUGAAUCAUCAAAGUUGACGUUGACCGUCCUGGGCGUCGAAUUCCCGCCGUUUCAAAAGUGGAAAUUGGAUGAUUUGGAAGUGAGUUGCAUGCUUCUGCCAAUUCACCAACACAGCUUCCGCGCGCGCCCUAAGAAGUUUAAAGAUCCCUUCACGAUGAUCUUGACCCCAAAGGAAAAAAUUAAAAUGAUGUCUCUUCGAUUUCGCUUGUACGAUCACCGCGCCAUGUCCAAACAUAUGAUUGGACAGGGAGUUGUGAAUCUAGGAGAGAUCAAGCUUGGUCCACAAGCGGUCAAAAUCGCCCUUGAUCUGAACAUUCCUGAAACCUACGCCAUUGAUUCCCGCUACAUCGCGUCUGUCACGGGUGAGAGCGGGCAAACGCCCGCGGAAGACAGCAAGCCGGAAAUCCUACUUUCUCUGGAGUACCGCGCGCUGACGAGGAAAUUGAUCACUGAAGUUAUCAAAACCCGCAAUCUCGGGCUUCUGAGUAACUCCAAGCCGCAAGACAUCGCCGUCGAAAUGAAGCUGAUUGGCGAUAACAACCAAGUUUUACGAGUAUGUCGAACCUCCCUCAAGAAACAUGUCAUCGAUGCCGAAUUUAAUGAGAUGUUCAUGUUCCGCGUGACGUAUGAGAAGCUGGCCAGCAUCGCAGUGAUUUUCACUCUGUACCGCAUGACGGAGAGGCGAGGAAAAAGAGAAAACAUCGGAGAGGUUUGCUUCGGCAAACAGUCAAGCAGUCAUCAACAAGAGAAUCACUGGAAUGACGCCGUGAGAGGCUCCGAGAGAGUGGUCACGCAAUGGCAUCCACUGUUCAAAUGAGUUUACGGAGAAUAUUUCGAUGGAACCACGUAAAGCAAGGAAAAAGGAAAUAGUAUGAAUUUACAUGACAUUCGUAGUAUUAGUUUAAUAUAAUCUUAACAUAAAUUGUCUUGUUCACACUCUCUGACUCACUGACACCUCUGUUCCGAUCUGGAGUAUAUUAUCAUAGUAAUAUUUUUCUACUUCCUUUCCUAUUGGACCGGUAUGCACACAUGAAUACAUUACGAACACAGAGCAUUAAUCUUAUCUCAAACAAUUAGAAAAUUUUAAGUUGGAAAUCAAAUUGAUUUGCAUUCGGGAAAAUAAAAAAA